GUUCCGGCAGUAUUAGAAUGCAGCACGUCUCUGGAGGCAAAAGACACGCCCCUGUCUCCUUGGUGAACGCGACCCCCCUCUACGAAAAUCUCUGCACUCCCAUUGGUCAGCGUUCCUGUCGAUCAGGAUUGAACGGCUCCUGAUUGGCUGCUCGCGGACCGUUGGCAAAGAAGCAUCUGCGGCUCGCGCGGUGCCAGCUGUCUCCUCGCACUCGGUCGGUGCUGGGCAACGGUGAGAAGCCGCCGUCGAGGAGCGUGUCGGAAUCUGCUGGAGAAACGGUCAAAGGGCACGCCGGACUAAAGGUGAAAGGUCAGCCCGAAGAAGAAAAACUGAAUCAAAUCACACAGACAAUGGCUGCUAACAUGGGGUCAAUGCGCAUCCUCAUCAAGGGAGGGAAGGUGGUCAAUGACGACUUCACCCAGGAAGCAGAUGUGUACAUAGAGAACGGCAUCAUUCAGCAGGUUGGAAAGGAGCUGAUGAUCCCAGGUGGGGCGAAGGUGAUCGAUGCCUCUGGGAAGCUGGUGUUGCCGGGCGGAAUCGACACCAGCGUGCACAUGCAGCAGACAUUCAUGAACGCCAGCAUCCAGGAAGACUUCUACAGCGGCACCAAGGCGGCUCUGAUGGGUGGCACCACCAUGGUGAUGGCUCUGGUCCUGCCUGAGCAGCACUGCUCCCUGCUGGAGGCCUACGAGAACUGCCGAGCUUUAGCCGACGCCAAGGCGUGCUGCGACUACGCGCUGCAUGUCGGGGUGACCUGGUGGGGGCCAAAGGUCCGUAAUGAGAUGGAGACCCUCGUCAGGGAGCAUGGAGUGAACUCCUUCCAGAUGUUCAUGGCCUACAAAGACCUGAUGAUGCUCCGGGAUUCAGAGUUGUAUCAGACCCUGCAGACCUGUAAGGAUAUCGGUGCCAUCGCACGGGUCCAUGCCGAAAACGGCGAGCUGGUGGCAGAGGGUGCCAAAGAAGCUCUAGAUUUGGGCAUCAGUGGACCAGAGGGCAUAGAAAUCAGUCGACCAGAGGAGCUUGAAUCGGAAGCUACUCACAGAGCCAUCACCAUUGCCAACAGGGCCCACUGCCCCAUAUACCUUGUGAAUGUGUCCAGUAUAUCUGCUGGAGACAUGAUUGCUGCUGCUAAGAUGCAGGGAAAGGUGGUCCAUGCUGAGACCACAGUGGCUCACGCCGUGCUGAACGGGAUGCAGUAUUACCACCAGGACUGGGCCCAUGCUGCGGCCCACGUAGUCGUCCCUCCUCUCCGCCUCGACCCAAACACACCCAGCUACCUCAUGGGCCUGCUGGGAAAUGACACUCUGAGCGUUGUGGCAUCGGAGCAUCGUCCUUUCAGCACCAAGCAGAGAGCUUUGGGCAAAGAGGACUUCACUAAGAUCCCUCAUGGAGUGGCUGGAGUUCAGGACAGGAUGAGCGUCAUUUGGGAGAGGGCAGUGGUUACAGGCAAAAUGGAUGAGAACUGUUUUGUGGCUGUGACCAGCUCAAACGCAGCAAAGAUCUACAAUCUGUACCCACGUAAAGGCCGCAUCAUCCCAGGAGCUGACGCUGAUGUGGUGGUUUGGGACCCGGACGCAACCAGGACGAUCUCUGUGAGCACUCAGGUGCAGGGCGGAGACUUCAACCUGUACGAGGGGCUGCGCUGCCACGGUGUUCCUCUGGUCACCAUCAGCCGGGGCCGUUUGGUGUGUGAAAAUGGCGUGUUCAUGUGCGCCGAGGGCUCUGGAAAGUUCUAUCCGCAGCGCACUUUCCCCGACUUCCUCUACAAGAAGAUGGUCCAGCGAGAAAAGACUCAGGCUUAUAAAGGCGUUGUCAGGGAUCCGUAUGCUGGUGACGUGGCCAAGGUUGCAAACGCAAUGAAGAAAGAGCUCGGUUUGGGCCCCAUAGAUGGAGAGUCACCAAACAAACCCUGUCCUCGGGGGCACCAAGGAGUCCGAGACCUCCACGAGUCCUCCUUCAGCCUCUCAGGGUCUCAGGUUGACGACCACAUCCCGAAGAGGUCCUCGGCUCGGAUCCUGGCCCCUCCUGGCGGCCGCUCCAGUGGUAUCUGGUAAUCACUGGGUGCAGGAGCUUCAACCGUCCGGGCCUCAGUUUUUGUAUAUUUCCGAGCGACCAGUAAAACUGCACUGAUUUUCAACCACAGGACUAAAUACAAGAGGGGGAAAUCAAUUUAAGCAUGAGUCUGUGAUUGGUGAUGACUUGAAUCUGAUGGCCGGUGGCAGACCAGAGCCAAAAGAGCUGCUACACGUCUAAUUUGUGGUUUAAUUGGAGUGAUCUAAUUAAGGGCUAUCUGUGAAUUUAAAAUGUUUGGCCAAAUUCAAGCUAGUCAUCCUAACAUUGAAAAGGUUUGCUCAUUAUCACCCCGCUUGUGUCUUGUGAAGAUAAAAACAAACUAACCUGUGAAAUAUUAAAACCAGUACAGUUUUUGAUGGUUUGAACUGGAAGUGAUGUUGACCGAAUUAUUUAAAAGUCGUAAACUGGAAACCUGUCACAUGCGAACAUGCAGUACACUGUAGACACGAUAGCUUUAGCCUCAUAUGAAGAUGUGUGUGAACUGUGUUUGUGAUUAAACCGCCCACUCUGCUCGGCUUCCUGUGGCACCGUGGGUUCCACUGACUGUUUUCUUUUCCCACUGGGCGACCUGUGCUGUGUGGUGAUGAAAUCCAACUGCUUCUGACACCGUCGACCUCACAGCUCCGCUGUUUAAACAGAGUCAAACUCGACCUAUCCAUGGCUGUCCUCUCACUGCCUCUCUCUCCGAAUCACCCCGCCUCCCCUGACAUGUAGCAGGUCUGUGGAUGGAGUUCUGGAAAAAUCUGCUGAGUCUGGGAUUGUUAUUUCUGUCUCGGUCGGAUGCCACUUUAAUUUAACGUAGGCUUUUCUUUGGGGUCUGUAGACCAUGCAGAAAGCGUGAAAGCAAAACACUUAAGCUUUAUUUGGAAUACGGAGUGAAAUUAGUGAAAGAAAACACUUCAGGGUUUGGAUGAGUUUUCCAUUCAUAUCUCUCUGCUUAAAGGGAAAACAAGCGUUUUAGGGAUUUACUUGAUUUACAUGAAGAGUGGAGAAAUGCUGCUUCCUCCCCUCCCAGACAUAUCACCUGGAGCUGAAGUCAAAUAAGAAAUUUAUUAGAACAUGCUUUAAGAAUAUAUAAAUCAGAAGAACAUUUAAUGAUGUCUCUUGAUUCACUGGAACAGGCUUUUUAUCACUGUAUGGAGUAUUAUUGUAUUUCCUGAAAGAGACUGAGCAGCCUCAAACCCCAAUAAUGAAUCCCUGAAUUUCUAGUUGUGUAGAUUUAAAAAAAAAAGACCUUAGCAGCUUGCAGGUGGGAAUCACUGUCUGUCUGUGGCUUUUGUUGCUCUUUUAAACAAAAAAGAUCACAUGAAAAUGGUUUAAAUGAAUUAUUAAAUCUGGAAGUUUCUAAACUGGACUGGUUUAGCAGGAUAGUCUGUUAUGUGUUUUUAUAGGCUGUUGUCCAACUGUGUGUCAUGGCUUUGUUACUCUGAGGACUGAGCUGCAUUGUGUUAUGGCUGCACAGACAGUGUGUCCCAUAUCCUGUGGUUUCUGGUCUUUUUAAGGGAUUUACUGUAGAGAAACAACAAACUAAAGGAAAUGUAUUUCAAAUGAGGAAGAAACAACAAGAUUUUUGAGAUGUGAAUCAAACUUUUACAGAAAUACUGGACUGUUUAAGGCUUUUGCGUCUCUUUCUGCGUGGAAUAAAUCUACUUUUUAUCUCACUUUUCUACCACUGGCAGCUUCUUCACUGAAUAAUUUGACUCUGUGUUUGGGGAAAGAAAGCGUUGCCUGUCUUUACAUCCAAUAAAUGAGGCUUGUGCAGACUGAUCAGACAAGUCAGAGUAUGUUUCUGUGUGGCCUGCAUAUCUGUAGGAAAAUGAAGCGGAGUUGUUAUGGAAGCCGUGUUUCUCUGCUGAGCGGGACGAUUGAGCUGCACACGCCGAGGAAAACUACUGAUCCUCUCACCUCCUGAUGAUAUCUCACUUCUGCCUACCAGUAUUAUAUUUAUACAUGAUCACAAAUUCGUGUGCUCUAUAUAACAAGGAUGGUUGUUUUUUUCUUCAUGUUUUGUUGAGAAAUAAAUGUGCCAAUGGGGAAACCCUGUGCCACACUGUAACCUAAGCAUGAGGAGCACCACAUGGAGACGGAGGAGCAGAGUCUCCCCCGAAGGCCGCACAUUACCAUGCAAACUGGUGCUGUUUUUUUUCUAGGAUUCCUUAUUUUAAUGUUGCUGUUUUUGUUGAAGGCACUGUGAUUCCUCAGUGGCUGUGUGUUUGUAGGUUGUUGUUGUGCUGAAUCUGUAUGUUGCUGCUUGUUUCUUACCACAAGAAUAACAGCAAAUAAAUAAAGAGAGAAGAACCCUCCU